AAGGCAGGAAGAGAACUAUAUGUCAAGGCAAACUUUGUUUCCCAACAUGGACAGCAGGCUUUGGUUGGUACAGAUAAGAAACGUUGGGGUUGUGAAUCUGAGUGGAAAAAAAGAGAAACAUACUAAAUAAAACUGCUUUUUUCCCAAACAAUAAUUAAAAGGAAACCAUUGAUGAUUAUCUUAGCAAUCAUCCAUCCACCAGACCAACUUAUUGGAAAGAGAGAAAUCCCCAUAACUCUCUCUGCCACUCUCUACCCAACUCACUGUCUCACCAAAUACAGCAAAACUGCACACAUGGAAAUAACAAUUACACAGACAGCAAAAAAGCUUUUAAAAAAAAAAAAACACUUAUUUCCAUUAGUGAAGAGGGCCAGUAUAAGACAUAAGUGCAAAGGAAAAUAAGGGGGUGUUCCAGUGAUACAUGGAGGUUUUGAUCAUGGGGAUGGGAAUUUCUUGCUUUGCACCAAUAUUCAUCUGCUGACAAAAUGAUAGAAGAAUGGAGAAGCCAGAUUUGAUAUUCUUUCAGGCACUUCGCUGAACUCUUGCAGUAGAUAUUCGAUUAUUUCACUUUUUGCAUAGUCCCAACACUGUAAAGCUCUGAUUUUGAUAAUGCCCCCCACCUCAAAUAUGGGAGAGGAACCGAAAUUUCAGCAGCGGUGGGAGUUUAGGAGGGGAGACACUGAGUUUGAUUCUUCAAGUGAAGAGUCCAAAUCAAGUUCAAGUAGCCAGCCAGUUCUUAAGAAGCAUAAACUAGUUUCCAGCUUUAUUUCUGAUGAACAUAAUGAGGCCAUGGACACCAAUAGAGUUCAGCAAAAGGGCAAGCGCACUCCUGGCAAUGGGGGUCAAAUUAAAAUUGGGAAAGCUAAGAAAAAGGAUGCCAGAAGGAGUAGAAAGGAAAAUUUAGCUAAUAAUGCAAUGGGGAGGAAUUCUCCCGAAGAGCUUAAUAGAAAUAAGAAUGGAGCUAGUGCUUAUGACCCUGCGGCCCUGGAUGAUGUUAAAAUCUUCAUGGAUUCUCUAUUACAGGAUCUUAAAGAUACGAGAGAAAAUUUGUUUAGAUGGAUGAAGGAGGAAAUGCAAAAAUUGGUGGCAGAUGAUACUGCUCAGAAAUCAAAAAAUAGAAAAGGCAGUUGUGGAAGGGAGAAUAUCCAAGUGCAGCACGAGAACUUUGAGAAGAACAAUGUGCAGAAUCAAAACAACUUUGAGGAGAAUGCUCAAGUGCAUCAUCGAUACAAUUUGGAGAAUGCUCAAGUGCAUCCUCAAUACAAUUUUGAGGAUUAUGUCCAAGUGCAGCGUCAAAACAACUUCAAGGACAUUGUCCAACUGGAGCAUAAAAAAAAAAUUGAGGACACCCUCCAUGUGCAGCAUCAAAACCACUUCAAGGAGUCGAUUCAAGUGCAGUGUCAAAACAACUUUAAAGAGAACAUCCAAGAACAGCAUCAAAACAACCAUGACGCAAACAUUGUGCAGCAUCAUGACAAUUUGAAGUCUGGCAUGGGAGCUCAAAAUUGCAAUGAUGGAUCUUUAAAGAGGCCUCUUAAUAGCAAUAAGGCCACUGGUCAUCAUAAUCGCUAUCGAGCGGUUGAAAAUCAAGUUGAUUAUGGCCAAUCUACUGGACCUAGUGCAUCUACACGAAAGGAGAAAGGCAAAACAAGGUUGGUCUCAUCUGUUAUGCGAAAUCUUCAAUCUAGUCCUUCCAUCCAAGUGCAACAUCAGAAGAACUUUGUAUUAGGCUUGAGGGCUCAAAACUGCAAUAACGGCACUUCAGAAAGAUCUGUAAAAGGCAAAAGGAUAGCUGAUUCCAGUAAAUGCUCAAAAGUACUUGAAGAUCAAGUUGAUCACAGGCAAGCCAUUGGAUCCAUGCCAUCAACUGAAAAUGACAAAAGAGAAAGGUUGGCAACAACUGCUAAUCCAAAAUUUCCAUCCAAUUCCUCAGGUCAGGUUGCUUCUUCCAUGUAUUUGACAUUACCUACUAUUCUAACAGAAGCCGGUAUUGAGAAUUACAGGCUUGAGACAUCUCCAUGCAAUUAUGCCAGCCCAAGAUCUUCUGGGAAUAAAAGGGAUGUGAAUUUAUCAAAUGCAAAUGUGAUGCUCGAUUCAAGUUUUUAUUGCGGGUACUUUCAUGACAUGCGGCAAGAAGAAAGACUUGGAAGCUUUACUCAAACAAGUUCCAAUAUUGUAGGUUGCCUCAACCAAAACAGCACUCCAACCACAAGCAUUGGAACUGGUUUCCCAGUCCCACUUCAUCAGGGUAUGGGUGAAGCCUAUUGCAUUCCAAGCCAGCGUGGUUUGAAAAAUCUACCCCAAGACAAUUACAACAUAAUGGGUCUAAGGAUGAAUGGAGGAGCCAUAACAUUUUCUGGUGGAAGCUAUGCAUUAUCAGAACAAUAUGUUGCCAACAACUUCCACAGGAAUUCCAAUUAAAUAGUUGAUGGUGGACUCACGGGGUUUCAAAUCCCAGAACUUAAAGAUGAUCGUUUAUUUCCAAAGUAAUCGGUGGGGAUGAACACUAAACAAAAGCUUUUCUAAAAUUUUCCAUGCAUGAACCUAGCUAUGACGUCUAGUCUAGUCAUUCUUUUCAAUAUCUUGUUGACUCAAAACUUCCCAGGCAAAAUAUGUUAUUCCUUAAUUUGCUUCAAUUUAGAUUGAC